CGGUAAUUUGAUACUAGCUAUUAUCCGCUCUUGUUUCGAAAGUUGUAGAUAUGGGAUGUAUUGUGAGCAAAGAAAAACUAGCUGCUAUAGCUCGAUCCAAAGACAUUGACAGAAAACUAAAGGCUGAUGGUGAGGCUUCAUUUAAAGAGGCCAAACUGUUGCUCCUUGGUGCCGGAGAGUCGGGAAAAAGCACAAUAGUUAAACAAAUGAAGUAUGUUACUGUAAUAUUUAUUUGCAGGAUUAUUCAUAUGUCUGGUUAUACUGAAGAAGAAUGCAAAACGUACAGACCGGUCGUAUUCAGCAACACCAUACAGAGCAUGGUAGCCAUACUGAGAGCUAUGGAACAACUGCAGAUAUGUUGUGCAUAUCCGAACGCAAUGAAUGAUAUUGCUGUGGUCCUCAACCUUCCACGGACAGAUGUCGACGUGCUACCCGACGAAGUAUUUAGUGCGCUAAAGAGGCUCUGGUACGACCCAGGUGUUCAAACAGCUGUUAAUAGGUCUCGAGAAUUUCAACUGAAUGAUUCUGCAUCAUACUUCCUUGACUCAUUGGAUAGGUUAUCAAGUCCUUGUUAUAUCCCAACACAACAGGAUGUCCUUCGGACUAGAGUAAGAACGGGUGGAAUUGUAGAAACCCACUUCUCUUUUAAAGGAUUAAGCAUCAGGAUGUUUGAUGUUGGGGGACAGCGUUCAGAACGAAAAAAAUGGAUUCACUGUUUCGAAGGCGUCACCGCAAUUAUAUUUGUGGUUGCUAUGAGUGAAUACGAUCUAAAUCUUGCUGAAGAUCAAGAAAUGCUAAAGUUUUGGAGCCCAUUGGUUCUAAUGCAACCUAGACAACUUUAGUUAGUCAGGAAACCGAAUACAUCACUCUAUUUAAUCCAGUCAUACAACUACGCCAGAUACUACAGCUUAGUAAUACCAAUUCAUUUUAACUGAGUAAACCUACUCAGAAGUUCCAUCUGAGGCGGUUAGUAAUUUCAGCGGUAUCUGACAAAAUCAGUCAUAAAGAUUAUUGACUACUACAUUGAAUAGCUGAAAAUUUGAUGGCAUAGAUACACCAUUGACUCUUCGAUGUAUGGAAAUUCCAUUACGCCAGUUUAUUUUCUACCAUUAUUCAUGUCCUUGCCAAUUUUAGAAUUUUCUGCUUUUCGACUAUUUGGGUGGCCACAGUGUGUGUUUACGUAAGUUGACACCCUAUGUUGUAGGGUUUUACGAUGCAUUUUCGAUGUAACAGUAGUUUAGCAGGUGGUUUUAGUCAUUUAAGUUGAUUUAGUUUUUAUAUUUUAUGGCUGAGAGAAAACAAUUUUAGGUCAGGUGGAUGCUCUUAGUUCUGUUCUUUGAAUAUUCAUCACCGUUCUAAGCAUCAUCAACACUUAAUUUACGUAGAAUAUUUCUUUGUCCAAUCCUUAUGCUCAACCAAUGCUUUAUUUCAAAGUUAUGUGGUAGGCUUUAUAGGCACUUGAUAAAUUUUAAUCAUGAUCGUGCUCUACAUCCAGGCAUAUCACUCUUGAGCAGUCACUUUCAGAUGGCCAAUAACCAACAAACGAUUUUCAGACAAAUAUUAGUGAAGACUAUGUUCAACAGACAUAUGAGUAUCAUGUCUAAUUUGUUUGUACUCUAUAAUUGGUCGGUGCACAUCUCAUCAUAGUUUGGCUUCUAAUAGACACAACUCUCUUUUGGUUUUGAUGCUCUUUGUUUUUGUUACAGAAUAGGAUGAUGGAAUCUAUGACAUUGUUUAGUUCAAUAUGUAAUAACCAGUGGUUUACAGAAACAAGUAUCAUUUUAUUUUUAAACAAGCGAGAUAUUUUUGAAAACAAAAUAAUGAAGUCCCCGUUAACCAUAUGUUUCCCAGAGUACACUGGUGGGAAUAACUAUGAAGAAGCUUCGGAGUAUAUUCGAUCAUGUUUUGAAAAUUCAAACACUCGUAGUGGACCUAAAGAUAUCUAUUCCCAUUUCACAUGUGCAACGGACACAAAUAAUAUACAGUUUGUAUUUGAUGCUGUAACUGAUGUAAUAAUUAAAAACAAUCUCAAGGAUUGUGGGAUAUUCUGAUUUUAUAAAAAUGAAAAUUAGUCAUCUUUUCUGAUUUUGAACUUCCUUACGAAACAGUUUUUGUAAAUUAAGUGUAGCAAUUUAUUUAUUAUAUUCUACGUUAUAUGCUUUUUUUAAAAAAACUGUUCUGUCUAACUUCCGAGUAGUCGAGUGUAACAAGAACAUAACAGCUUCAAUUUAUAUAUUUUUAUUGAUAUUAGUAUCUAGCUAUAUUUCUCAGUAUAAUGAAUGCGAUUUUGUUAAACGCUGGCCGAAACUUAAUUUUAUCUUGUUUUUGUUCUCUCUAGUGUUCUGUUUAAAUUCACUACUUGUAAAUAAAUCUUUAUGUUUUGUUCCA